UGCCAAUGAUCAUUAAAUGGGAAAGAAAACUUCCCGCUGCAACCAUCUCCAGCAAAGGGAAUGAGAGUUAAGAGCUCUUAGUGGAAACAAUCUGCAACGGAGGAUCCCCGCCCCCUACUGGCCUGCGCCUCACACUGCAGCAAGAGAGAGGAAGGUCAGCGCUGUGGAGGGACCACAGGGGCCGGGGGUCUGGGCAGGGGCGCGGCUUCAGUCGUGGGAGGAGCUCUAAGGCCCCGCCUCUCCGUGUAGGACGAGUCAUUUCCGUCCACCGAAAACCAGAAAUCCGCCGGCGGAGCUGUGGACCGAGCACGCCGGGCAGGAGCUGCCUGGUCGGAAGUGGGGGGAGAGCCAGAGCACCAGCUGGCGCCCAAAAUGGCCGAGACGGAAGCCAGGGGCAGCCUGUGGCUGGAGAGCCCCCCUGGGGGAGCUCCCCCCAUCUUCCUGCCCAUGGACGGGCAAGCCCUGGUCCUGGGUCGGGGAUCCCUGACCCAGGUUGCUGACCGGAAGUGCUCCAGAAACCAAGUGGAGCUGGUCGCAGACCCUGAGACUCGGACCGUGGCUGUGAAACAGCUGGGAAUUAACCCUUCAACUGCUGGGACCCAGGAGCUGAAGCCGGGGUCAGAAGGUUCUCUGAGGGUGGGGGACACGUUGUAUUUGGUCAACGGCCUCCACCCGCUGAUCCUGCGCUGGCAAGAGGCCCGCACACCAGAAUGCCAGCCAGACACUCCACCUGGCACCCCUCCGUUAGCCUCGAAGGAGGAAGAGGAGGCGGAGGACGCAGAGGAGGAGGAAGAGGAAGAGGAGGAAAAUGUUGAACAGCAGAAAAAGCGAGUGCGGAAGUCAUCCCCUGGCUGGGAGAGCUUUGAGAAGCUGCUAGUGUUCACUGCCCCUGGGGUGAAGCCCCGGGGCAAGGUGGCCGGCUUUGAUCUGGACGGGACCCUCAUCACCACACGCUCUGGGAAGGUCUUUCCCACCAGCCCCAGUGACUGGAGGAUCUUGUACCUAGAGAUUCCACGUAAGCUCCGGGAGCUGGACGCUGAGGGCUACAAGCUGGUGAUAUUCACCAACCAGAUGAGCAUUGGGCGCGGGAAACUGUCAGCAGAGGAGUUCAAGGCCAAGGUGGAGGCCGUGUUGGAGAAGCUGGGAGUCCCCUUUCAGGUGCUGGUGGCCACCCACGCUGGCUUGUUCCGGAAGCCAGUGAUCGGCAUGUGGGACCAUCUGCGGGAGCAGGCCAAUGAGGACGUACCCAUCUCCAUUGGGGACAGCGUCUUUGUGGGAGAUGCAGCUGGACGCCCAGCCAACUGGGCCCCUGGGCGAAAAAAGAAAGACUUCUCCUGUGCAGACCGCCUGUUUGCUCUCAACCUGGGCCUGCCCUUUGCCACACCAGAGGAGUUCUUCCUGAAGUGGCCGGUGGCCAGCUUUGAACUCCCAGCCUUUGACCCGAGGACAGUGUCCCCUGCAGGGCCGCUCUGCCUGCCUGAGUCCAGCUCCCUCUUGAGCUCCGACCCUGAGGUGGUUGUCGCCGUGGGAUUUCCUGGGGCUGGGAAGUCCACCUUCCUCCAGAAGCAUCUGGUGUCCGCUGGAUACGUCCACGUGAACAGGGACACUCUGGGGUCCUGGCAGCGCUGUGUGGCCACAUGUGAGACGGCUCUCAAGCAAAGGCAGCGGGUCGUGAUCGACAACACAAACCCGGAUCCCCCGAGCAGGGCCAGGUACAUCAAGUGCGCCCAAGAUGCAGGCGUCCCCUGCCGCUGUUUCCUCUUCGGCGCCACCCUGGAGCAGGCCCGCCACAACAACAGGUUCCGGGAGAUGACAGAUUCCUCUCACGCCCCUGUGUCCGACAUGGUCAUGUUCAGCUACAGGAAGCAGUUCAAGGCCCCGACGCUGGCCGAAGGCUUCGCUGCGAUCCUGGAGAUCCCAUUCCGGCUGCACCUGGAGCCCGGGCUGGAGCGCCUGUACCGCCAGUUCUCCGAGGGCUGAGCCAGUGCCCACCCCCACCCCCAAUA